CCACUUUCUUCUUCCACAAAGUACUGUUCCUUCAAUUCUCCAUUUCAGUCCUCGAGUAAAUUUUCAUAAAAUCGUUCGUCGUUGUUCAGUACUAUAACGCUCUUUGGUUGAUCGCAAAGAAUGCGAAAUUGUUGAACAUUUGACCCCACCAUCCCCUUAUCGCAAGGGUUGAUCGCUGCCUCGUCGGAGGCGGAGCGUCAUCUACAUUCACCACCCGGCCUCCACCUCCACUCAUCUUCGUCCUCAAAUCCACCAACCCUUCAAUCCCAAUUCCACUCCCACGUCAAUGAAUUGACAUUCCAUCAACUUUUCCUUCCCAUUUCCGCCCGUCAUCUGGUCAUCAUCUCAACCUCAUCGCCUCAACAUCGUCCCUACAGAGUCUACUGGUCUCAACCAACCCAAGUAGAUUAAGAUGGCGCCUCGAGUUGCCAGCCGACAGAGGGGUCGUCCAAAGAAUCCGACACAAGAAGCUGGUGCUCCUUCAAAACAAGCCUGUAAGUCAUGCCACGCCACACUGAAAAGCAAUCUCACAUUAAAUAUCUGGUCGCAUUUGUACCAUCAAUCAACCAACCUUCUGACAAACUUGAACACAGCAACGGGUACCCGACGAUCCCUCCGAAAUACUUCUCAAAUUGAUCUCUCCAUCGCAAACACUCCAAAGCAAGGUUCAGUUGCACCCACCAACAAUGGGGAUGAUGUAUCUUCCACCGCAGAAUUCCCAACUCUGGUGAUGCUCACGAGCACAAAGACACAGCGACCAAAUGAUAGAAGCUCAUCAUCCUCCCUCUCGGCGUCGCGGGAUUACAAUGAUAGCAGCGGUUAUUCUACCCCGUUGACCAGUGCGGUAGCAACACCAGCCACUUUACCACAAGAAGCAACAUCCUCUUCUGCUGGACCAAGCAAAACUGGAAGAGGACGUCGUACAAAGACACCUGUUUCCACUUCAGGAGUCAGCAUGGUUGCAAAGGCAGCUGCUUUGCGCAACAGCCAGUAUUCUCUCGCUAGCAAGCGAAAGCGGGUCCCUGAUUCAGAUGAGGAAGGCGUAAAGGAUGACAAUACCGCCGACGCUCAAUUAGCUCGGGCCCUCCAGGAAAAGGAGGACGCUGCGGCUUCAUCUAUGGCUAUGGAUAUUGAUACCGUCCCAACUAUCUCCAAGGCAUCUGCUCGCCAAAAUCCCCGGCGCAGAAAGAAACUUCAGAAAGUUCGUCCGGCGGCACCAGAGGUUAUUCUUUCUUCCAAGGGCUCAAAUGAUGUUAGCUUCACUAGCAAGAAGUCAACUAAAAAGACCGAAACCAUCGUUUUGGAUUCAGACAGUGACGACUUGAUGAUUCUGGAUGAAUCCGACUAUUCCUCGACCGAUGAUGAACUCCCGAUCUCCAGAUUCCCUCGUAAGAAGCAACCCACCAAGCUUUCAGGUUCUCGUCGUGGAGGGCUCGCGGCUCCUGCGCGUCCUGGUCCCGCACGUCUUGGUGCACAGUUUACAAAAUUUAGGUCAGCGCAGAGGGAGCUUUUAUCCCCAUCCCCACUGUCAGAUCUGACUCCCGUACCAACUGGCAAUGUUUUUGAUUCCGAUUCUGAUCUGCUGGAUCCCUCCUCGAUGGACUCUGAUGAUUUCGAUUCAGACGAUUCCUCUAUUCCUUUGCGUCGUCGAGUCCACAACGCUCGUCACCGAAUCAACCUCGCGGAAGACCGAGGGACACGCAGAAGUAGACUAGAGCGUAAUCGCCUUGAGUCACACCAUCCCGUACUACAUACCAUGUGGAAGGAUCUUGAAAAUCUUCCCAAAAUUGGAGAUGUCAAGAUUGAACAACCAAAGAAUAUCAAUCGUGAGCUAAAGCCGUUCCAGCUUCAAGGUGUGGGAUGGAUGAAAGCCAUGGAAAAGACUGCAUGGGGUGGUGGUCUACUUGGUGACGAGAUGGGUAUGGGUAAGACCAUCCAAGCCGUAUCUCUCAUCAUGUCGGACUUUCCUGCCAAACUGCCUUCAUUAGUUCUCAUUCCACCGGUUGCUCUUAUGCAAUGGCAACAAGAGAUCGAGUCAUACACAGAUGGAACGCUGAAAACAUUUGUUUACCACGGCACCAAUAACAAGACGAAGGCAAUCACCAAAGCAGAACUUGAAAAAUACAAUGUGAUUCUCAUGUCAUACAACAGUUUGGAGUCAAUGUAUCGCAGACAAGUAAAGGGUGCCAUGAGCAAGGGUGAGUUGAAAAAGCAGGCCAGCGUCAUUCACCAAAUUCACUUUCAUCGUGUCAUCCUUGACGAGGCACAUAACAUUAAGGUUGGUAUCUAUUCUUCUUCCCAGAGAGUGUAUGCUGACCAUGUUUUUCUUAGACACGAACCACAGGAUCUGCCAAAGCAUGUUUCGCAUUAAAUGCCAACCACAAAUGGUGCUUGUCUGGUACCCCACUUCAAAACCGUAUCGGCGAAUUCUUUUCCUUGGUCCGAUUUCUCAACAUCCAACCGUUUGCUUGUUACUUCUGUAAACAAUGUGAUUGUGAACAUUUGAAUUGGGAGAUGAACGAAGACAACCGCUGCGAACAUUGUGGACACAGUGGCAUGCAGCACGUAUCGGUAUUCAACCAAGAGCUUUUAACCCCAAUUCAAAAGUUCGGCAACAACGGACCAGGUCAAGAAGCGUUCCGCAAGCUUCGAAUCCUCACUGACAGAUUUAUGCUUCGACGAGUCAAGCGUGACCAUUCCUCUGCUAUGGAACUACCUGCCAAGGAGAUUUACGUGGACCGACAAUUCUUCGGGGAGGAAGAGAAUGAUUUUGCGGGUAGUAUCAUGAACAGUGGUACGCGCAAAUUUGAGACAUAUGUUGCUCAGGGUGUUCUUCUCAACAAUUAUGCCAAUAUCUUCGGACUUAUCAUGCAGAUGCGUCAAGUUGCGGAUCAUCCUGAUUUGAUCCUGAAAAAGAACGGCGAAGGUGGUCAAAAUAUACUUGUCUGUUGCAUUUGUGAUGAGACGGCCGAGGAGGCUAUCAGAUCCACGUGUAAACAUGAUUUCUGUAGGGAGUGUGUCAAGGUAAGUCUUCAUAUCUGUCUUUGAUGAGCAUAUCAAUACUGACUACGUUGCAGACUUAUCUUCGAUCUUCUGGUAAGUCUUCUGCGAUGAACUGAAAAGUUACUAUUUUGCAUGUUUUGGGAAUGAGUCUCCUGAAAAGCCCGACUCUUCCCAGCCAUCCUGAAUAAUGCUGCUUAUUUUCACCUUGCUAACUUUACCUAGAUGAGCCAGACUGCCCACAAUGCCAUAUACCACUGUCUAUUGACCUCGAGCAACCAGAAAUUGAACAAGACGAACAGCAGGUCAAGAAAUCUUCGAUCAUUAAUAGAAUCAAGAUGGAGAAUUGGACUAGUAGCUCUAAAAUCGAGACCUUGGUACAUGAUCUUUGGAAGGUGAGCUGAUUUGCUUCUGCGCUUGGGAGAUUCUUUCGCUAAUACCAUAUCUUAAAUAGCUUCGAAAACCAAACAGAACUACCAAGUCAAUCAUAUUCUCGCAGUUUACGACAAUGUUGCAGUUGGUAGAAUGGCGACUUCGCCGCGCAGGUCUAACCACCGUCAUGCUCGAUGGAUCUAUGACUCCGGCUCAACGUCAAGCCUCCAUCAAUCAUUGUAUGAACUCUGCCCCUGCUCUAAUAAAACAUCUGCUAAUUGCCUGUAGUCAUGACUGAUGUCAACGUCGAAUGCUUCCUAGUCUCUCUGAAAGCUGGAGGUGUCGCUCUUAACUUGACCGAGGCAUCCCACGUUUUCAUCGUCGAUCCUUGGUGGAACCCCGCCGCCGAAUGGCAAAGUGCGGAUCGCUGUCAUCGUAUCGGCCAAGCUAGACCAUGUUCCAUCACUCGACUUUGUAUCGAAGAUUCGGUUGAGAGUCGUAUGGUUCUUUUGCAGGAGAAGAAGGCGAACAUGAUUAAUUCAACAAUCAAUUCCGAUGACGCCGCCAUGCAGAAUUUGUCACCGGAGGAUAUGCAGUUCUUGUUCCGUGGUAAUUAGGGUUUGCUUGCGGUGGUGUAGUAGAUGCUUUUGAGAUUUGAGGGGUGGUUUCUGUUGUUUUUCUUUUUCUCUGAAAGUUACUGGGUGGUGCACAGAUUGCUUGGUUGGUUGGUUGCUUUUGCUUGUGGUUUGCUGGACUAUUUGAGGGGCUGUGGGAUGGGGGGUUUGUGGUGUUUCAUCAAUGAUCGGAGGAUUUUUGAGGAUACGUAUGGGCGUAGUGGUGUGGAUUAGUUUAUUGCUGUUGCUUGAGCUGAACGGAAGGGAACUGAAAUGAAUUAA